UGUAGCAACAAGUUGCAUCAACCUCGUGACUGUCACGCGUGCCAGUUUUCUCGUGCAGCUUCGCAUCCGUCACAGUCGAAUUGAAUCCAAGUGAACACAGAUCAGUGUUUAUUCUGGCAUCAGCUGUGAUUUUGACGGAAACAUUUUUUGCAAAACAUAAAUCCAGAUGCGAACCGUUUGCGGAAAUCUGCUGAAAAUGGGCUUCCUUGGCGGUGGGAAAACGGCACAGGCCAUGGCCAAAGGAUUCAUAUCGGCAGGAUUAGUGAAGGGAGAAAACAUCGCAGCCAGUUUCAGUGCGAACGACGAGACAAACUUGCAAGCAUUCAAAGAACUUGGAGCCGGGACGUAUCUCGAUAGUGUACCGGUGGUGAAGCGAUCCGAAGUGGUGUUCAUUACACUGAAACCAUGGGUGAUACCAACGGUUCUGCAGCAAGUCAACACGUGCAGUAAGGACAAACUGUUCAUUUCCGUUGCGAUGGGCGUCAAGCUAAAGGAAUUGGAAAAGUCAUUGCUGCCAACGGCUCGUAUCAUCCGGGUGAUGCCAAACACGGCGACGUUGGUUCGAUGUGGCGCAUCGGUCUUCGUGCGAGGUAAAGCAGCAACCGAGGAUGAUUGUACGUUGACACAAGUUCUGCUAGAAUCGGUUGGGACCUGCGACGAAGUAACGGAAUCAUUAAUCGACCCCAUCACCGCUCUGUCGGGAAGUGGUCCGGGGUAUGUUUUCACCAUGAUUGAAGCGAUGGCCGACGGGGCCGUCAAGAUGGGACUGUCCCGGGAUUUGGCGUACAAGUUGGCUGCCCAAACGGUUAUGGGAGCCGGAAAGAUGGUUCUGGAAACGGGAGCACAUCCUGCACAGCUGAAAGACGAUGUCGCAAGCCCCGGAGGGUCAACCAUUACUGGGCUUUCGUUUUUGGAAAAGAAUGCAUUUCGCUACAUCGUCAGUGGUGCUAUCGAAGCGGCUACCGAAAGGUGUCGCGAGGUUUCGGGAAAAGAAUAAACCAAUUGAAAUGACGAUUCUGAGUGCGGAAAUAUAAUGUCAAAUUAGAUCACGUAACAAGAACAUCAUAUUUUAUGUAUGUAAGGUAAUCCAAUUGCUUCCAAUAUAACGUGAAAUCCAAAACAAUAAUCUUGCACAGUUGCAUAGUUGUACUUUUAAUUGCAAUGUUCUUAUAUGUAUGUGUCUUAAAACUACCUGGGUAAAU